AUGGGAACUCUUGUUGGACAGCGGUAUAAUUUAGGAAGCAAAUGUACUGGAUCCCUUGGAGAACUAAAUAAUUGUGGAUACUCAUCAAACACCAGUGAGGAUUUGAUUGAACAAAGUUGGGAUACUGAAUUGAAUAAUUCAUCAUUUCCUUCUUGGAUGUCUAAGAGUAAUCAAACUAUGGGUCUUGAUGAAAGAUCAUUGAAAACAUCAUUUAUGAGCAGUCUCAUUCUGGAUAUGCAAGAUUUUUCCAAAACUGAUAUUUUCACAGAAACAUCUAAUAGUCAUAAUUCUGCAAAUUUACUUAGUUUAACACAGUUAUUGGGAUUAAGCUGCCUAAUGAACUUCAUUAUGUGUAAAUCUCGUCAAACCAGUACAAAUGCUGAACUUGUUGGAAAUGUCCAUUCAUUUACGGAUUAUAUUUUUGCACAAUCUCAAUUAGAGCGAAAAGCUAGAAGGCGUAGUCAUUACCCUAUAUUAAAAACUUUUUCCUAUUCGAAUUCACUAAAUGCUAGUUUAACAAGUUUAGUUGAAGCUGAUCAUGUACAUUCUAAAUGGGAUAAACUUGGAACUUAUUUCAGUAAACGACGCAGACGUCGUCACUAUAACAGUGAAAGUGGUUUAUUCUCACCUGAAAAUAACUUAUCCUCACUACUCUUACAAGAUGUUGAGAAUACUGAAAAUAAGAAUGAUGAUGAAGAAGAUAAACAAAAUCUAAAUACUAUUAAUACAGCAUCAAUACAUCUAGAAGAAGCACAAAAUAUCUCAUCAACAAGCUUAGACUUGAAAACAAACAACUUUGGAGGGAUGGAGACAAGUGAUGAAAAGACUUGCUCACGUUGUCCAUCCGAAGAUAAUUGCCUUUCACAAGACACAAAUGAAAAUGAUACUCAGUUUUCUCUGUCAGCUGAAUAUCAAAAUCUCACUUGUAUAAAUGAAUUACAAAAUGAAAUACCUUUAGAAAACAUUACAAAUUCGACUGAAUCAGAUGAUGGACAUAGUUUAUUACAUGUUGACUCUUUUAAACCUGUAAAUAACAUUGUGAAUAAGCCAAUUACACGCUCAUUAACAUCGAAAAGUAAUGUGAAAAUCAAUAAAUCUGUAUCAUUUGCUGAUGAAGUUGGAAAAUCCCUAACUGAAAUAUUUACACUAUGCGAUGAUAAUGAAUUAUGUAAUGGAUUCUCAGAAUAUAAUAAUACAUUUGACAAUUUCAAUUUUGGAUCCAUUAAAGAUCAUACUUAUUAUAAACGAUCAAAAUUUCAAAUAUUUUAUGGAGAUGAUUAUUUCAAUUCCGAAAAUAAUAAUAAUAAUAAUCAAUUAAUCAAAUUAACUAAACAAUUAAAUACUACUGAAAUAGAAUCACAUUAUAUAUGGAGUUUAACUUUUUCCCAACCAGCUUCACGUUAUUAUGAAUUUAGACAAAAAUUAGAAAAAGAUUAUAUCUCAUUAGAGAAUAUAAGUAUCAUUCAAUCAACUAAUCAUCCCUAUACAUCAUCAAUUAAACUGAAAGGUACUAUUAAAAUUAAAAAUAUUUGUUAUGAAAAAUUAGUUUUUCUACGUUUAACUAAAAAUAAUUGGAAAACAUUUAAUGAUUAUCAAGCAAUAUAUAAUUCACAAUUAUCAUUAUAUAAUACAUGGUCUAAUAUAAAACGUUAUGAUACAUUUAUAUUUAAUAUUCAUAUAGAAUCAGAUCAAAAAUAUUUUGAUCCAAAUGAUAAAAUUGAAUUUGCUAUUUGUUUUACUGCAUUAAAUGGUCAUGAUCAUAAUCAUAAUAAUAAGAUCGAAUAUUGGGAUAAUAAUAAUCAUGAAAAUUAUAUUAUUGAACAACGUAAACUUCGUCCAAUUUUUAUGAAUAUGAUAAAUGUAGAACAGUCACAAUCAUCUGAUGAUAUGUUAUUAAUGACACAUAAUGAGGAAUUAUCUACAAACGAUAAAUCAAUCAAUAUAAACAGUAAUAAUAAUAAUAAUAAUAAUAAUUGUAAUAUAGAAUAUAAUAUGCCUUCUUAUACAUUAGAUUGUCGACCUAAUUUUGAUGGUUUCACAUCAUUUACAAAUUAUAGAGCAUGGAGUCAUUACUCUGGUGAAACAAACUAUUAUUAAUAUAUAUAUAUAUAUAUAUAUAUAUAUAUUAGAUGAAUAGCCUUUGAUUUAUUAUUAUUAUCCUUACUAUUUUGUUUGUUUAUUCCGCCUUAAUAUUUUUAGCUUAUUACUUUCAUUGUAUAAUUAUGAUAAUCAUCAUUUAUUAAUUAAUAAGGAUAGCAACCAAAUCAAUUUAUUGAAUAUAAUUUAUUUUUUUUAAAUCAAUAAUUCCAAUCUCUUUCAAAACAAAAAUUCUUUUCUUUUCUCUCUUUUCUUUUUUUGUGAAACUUUUUAUGAAUGGAGAAAAAAAAGGAAAAGAACAGUUUCAUUUUCUUUAACAACGACAACAAACCGCUAAUUUUUAUUCGUUACAACGUUGAUGCCCUAAUAUUGUCUUUUUUGUCGUUGUUCUUUAUUCAUUUCUUUAUAUGCUCUCCCUCUCUCUCUCUCUUUCUCGUUUAUUUGUUUAUUUAUUUCUUUAUUGUAGUUAAAAUAGAAAGUAAUAGAGUUUGUUUUGUUUGUUUUUUUGUUCAGUUGAGCUUUUGUUUAUAUUAAUUGUAUUAAGGUUCAAUGAUUAAUGGAAACAAAAAGAAUGCUAGUCAAAAUUCAA